AUGUCUAGUAAAGUUGAGCUAUCGGGAGGCUACUUUACGUCCACACAUCAUUCUACAACCUAUGACUACAUUUCGCCACUUAAAUUAGAUUUAAGUGGUAAACAUGUUCUGAUCACAGGCGCCGCUUGGGAAGAUGGAGUAGGAUAUGCCACAGCUACGGCUUUUGCGCGGGCAGGAGCGUCUGCGAUAGCUGUUGCUGACCUACAUGGCGUGUCAAGCGAUCUUGUCGCGCAACUGAAGUCAGCUGCAGUACAAGCUGGUCGUCCUGAACCUUUGGUGCUAAGCUGUAAGGUUGAUAUCGCAAGCCGAGACAGCGUUCAAGCAAUGCAUGGCACGGUGUCGCAGGGCUUUGGUGGGCGCCUGGAUAUUAUCGUGAACAAUGCGGCCCGUAUGGAACCGUUCGAGCCGUUCCUUGAUUCAGACCCGGAUGUGUACUGGCAAACAUGGGAAGUUAAUGUUCACGGGCUAUUCAACAUGGCGCGCACAUUUCUUCCCAUGCAACUUUCAACCCAUGCUAACACCAACGGUUCAUGCAUAAUAAUCAAUGUAUCCUCUUCAGGCGCAUUGAGCGCUCGGUCGGGAAGCGGAAGCUACCGGAGUUCAAAGCUCGCGAUAUUAAGGUGGACCGAGUCCUUGCAGUUGGAAUAUGGUGAUAAAGGGCUUUUGACGUUAUGUGUGAAUCCAGGCGCGAUUAAAACAAAGAUUAGUGAGGGUAUACUGCCGGGGAUGGUGCGGGAAGCAUUUCCUGACCGUCCAGAUAUAGCUGGUGAUACAAUUGCAUGGUUGGCCGCCGAGCGCAGGGAGUGGCUAGGGGGGAGGUACGUGAGCUGUCCAUGGGAUAUGGAGGAGCUCAUGAAGAAGAAAGACGAAAUCGUGGAGAAAGACAAGCUUAAGAUGAGAAUGGUCUUUUAA